CAAGACCCUGCCUUGCCUUCACACCCGUACGUGAUCGGCCUGACUGGAGGAACUGGGAGUGGGAAAACCUCCAUCGCCAAACUCCUGGGGCAGCUGGGAGCGUUCCUCAUCGAUGCCGACAGGCUGGGACACACUGUCUAUAUCCCUGGUGGCCCUGCCUACGAGCAAGUGGUGGCGGCUUUUGGGGCAGAAAUCUUGAAUGAAGAUGGGACAAUUAACAGGAAAGUCCUUGGGGCCAAAGUGUUUGGAAACCAGGAGCGGCUGAAGAGUCUCACGGACAUUGUGUGGCCUGAGAUGGCCCAGAUGGUCAAGGAGCAGAUCAGGGAGGCAGAUGCUCAAGGAAAGGCCGUGUGCGUGCUGGACGCUGCCGUGCUGCUGGAGGCUGGCUGGGAGGCCAUGGUCCAUGAGGUGUGGACGGCCAUCAUCCCGGAGGAGGAG